UGUUAUAGCUUCCUUGGUAUAGCUUCAAUGAUAUCCAGUGGUAUCACCGAAGUGACUCACUAAACGCAUUCAAGCAGCACACCUGUCAGAGAGCAGCAGUCACAGACUGUUAACCUCAAGAUCUGGAAGUGUUUGUGAGUCAACGAAGCUUCACAAACUCUGCCACCAUCUACUUUUGUCAAAGUUUGGCUGCGUGAAGAUUCCUUCAGCUUCAUCUUUGUGAUCUUAAGAUUUACACUCAAGUGAGCUCAAGCACUGCCUCUGUGCCCCAGCCGUAAGGCACCUGCUGGAAAAUGACCCUGCAGCCAUUAACUCCAGUGAACUGCGCAGGCCUGCUACAGCCUGGCUGCUCUCUGCUACAGCUGGAUGGUGAAGUUCUCCUGUUUGGCCAGAAGGGCUGGCCUAAGCGCUCGUGUCCAACUGGAGUAUUUGGGGUUCGGUUCAAACAGGGUGUGAUGAAGUUAAGAGCCAUCUCCUUCUCCCACGAUUCCAGCUACCUUCCUCCAUUGCGUUGUCCUGCUGUUUGCCGCCUCGACCCCUAUGAUGGACUUCCAGAGAGUUAUCUCAUCCACGGUGGUCGCACCCCAAAUAACGAGAUCUCAUCGAGCUUGUACCUGCUGACCGUGGAUAGUCAUGGCUGCAAUCGUAAACUGACCUUAUGCUGCAAAGAGAAAGAAAUGGUGGGAGAAGUGCCAGGGGCCCGAUAUGGCCACACGGCGAGCAUGGUUCAGAGCCGGGGGAAGACAGCUUGUGUUUUAUUUGGGGGUAGAUCCUACAUACCGGCAGGGGAGCGGACCACAGAGAGCUGGAACAGUGUCGUUGACUGUCCUCCGCAGGUUUUCCUGUUUGACCUGGAGUUUGGGUGCUCCUCUGCUCACACUUUACCUGAGCUCAGUGACGGACAAUCCUUUCAUGUGGCCCUUGCUAGAGACGACUGUGUCUACUUCAUUGGAGGUCACUCACUCACCUCUGACUCCCGCCCCCCUCGACUCUUUCGCCUGCGUGUUGAGCUCCUGCAAGGCAGCCCCUUGCUCUCCUGUGUGACCCUAGACACCGGCAUAUCCAUCUCUAGUGCCAUAAUCACUCGUACAGGUCCCACUCAAAGAUACAUUAUCUUAGGUGGAUAUCAGUCAGACUCUCAGAAGCGGAUUGAGUGCACCUCUGUGAGUCUGGAUGAGAAAGGGAUCCACUUUGAGAUGACAGAACCACCUAACUGGACCCCAGAUAUCAUCCAUAGUCGCACUUGGUUCGGGGGCAGUGCCGGGGAGGGAAACAUCCUACUUGCUGUACCUACUGAGGGAAGGCCAUCCCAAACAGAUAUGAAUUACUUCUAUCUGGUGAGCUUCCCAACAGAGGGAGAAGAAAAAGAGGAAGAAGGAACUGUGGGCUGCAGCCAGGAGUCAACAGACUAUGAUGACUCCACUCCUCUUGAGGACUCUGAGGAGCUCUACUUUGGUCGUGAGCCACAUGAGCUGGAAGACAGCAGUGACGCCGAAGGGGACGCAUACAACAAAAAGGAUGAGGAGGACGAAUCACAGUCAGGCUACUGGAUAAAAUGUUGCUUAGGCUGUCAGUUGGACCCCAACAAGUGGGAGCCGUACUACUCCACUGAGCUCCACCGGCCAGCCAUGAUCUUCUGCUCCAGGGGGGAGGGCGGACACUGGGUCCACGCCCAGUGCAUGGAGCUGUCGGAGACCCUGCUGCUCAGACUCUCUCGGGGCAGCAAAAAGUAUUUCUGCCUGGACCACGGAGGCCUGCCCUACCAGGAGAUGACCCCAACUCGACAGCUCCUGCCCCUAAAGCGCACCCCAAUGAAAGUUAAGGACAGGAGGACUCCUCCAACAAUCAAGAUUACCCCUGCAAAAAAGAGCUUUUUCAGAAGACUUUUUGACUGACUCAAUGCAUCAAUGAGUUUUCUGAAAAACAUUUAAUGUGCUAAUCUGUUUGUGGGAAAUAUGUGACGAGAUGAUGAAUAAAACUGCAAACUGUUUUCAUAUCUGUUUAUGCAAUGUUACAUUAUUUGAAUAAAAAUGUCCAAAAACACAUCUACACUGUCUACAACAUUUUUAGUUUUCAGUUCACUGUUAUUUUGUAGGCUACUGCAAUAAGGACCACAGGUUUUACUAAGCACUUUCUUCGAAGGCCAAAUGAAGUUAAGUUCUUUAACAAUUCUUUCCACGAUGAAACUGAUGAUAAAUGAAUGGAAAAUGUUCUCAAUAAUAUUUGUGAUACUAAUAAAACAAAUAAAAAGCCUCA